CAAAUUAUAUAAAUAUAAACUCUAACAAUAUAAUUAUUAUUGCAAAUAUAAAUUAUAGUAUUUAGUUUUUAGAUAUUAUGUCAAAAAUAGCUAAUGUAGUUGAUGGAGAGGCUUCAGAAUCGGACUCAGAAAUCGAAUUAGGGAAAUCUCCAGAUAUCAGUAAUGGCUCAAAAGCAUUUGUUGUUUCCGGUGAAGCGCCAGAAUCAGACGAUGAGUCAAAAUUACCUUCUCCAAAUGAACUGGAGGUAGACCUUCCACUGCACACUUCAAUGAUGCCAGCGUCACCACCCAAAAUGUACACAUCCUUGCUACACCAAAAAUUGUGGGAAUGCAAUGUAUCCCUACGAGCUACAAUAGAAGGCUUGGUCAAGCACACAACAGACAUUUGUGUGGAGAAGCUAUCCCAAUGUGAUAAAACAUUGCUAACUGUACAGGAGAACAUGAGAUCUACCAAUGCCAGCUUGACGUUAGCAAGAGCCCGGCUGAAGCAAAUUCACGGCGAGCUUGAGAAAGCCAACUGUGCCACUGCCUUACCUACUGUUAAAAUUAAAUGAAAGUUUCCA